AGGGCAGGCGGGUUCUUUCUGCCGGAAGUCCGCUCCAGCUGUGGGCCCCGUAACUGCAGCCAGAGCCGUAGCCCCCCAGUUGCCGCGGGACCAGGGCCUCUGGGGUCCGGACAGGGGUCGCUAUGAUCCGAUUCAUCCUCAUCCAGAACCGCGCAGGCAAGACGCGCCUGGCCAAGUGGUACAUGCAGUUUGAUGACGAUGAGAAGCAGAAGCUGAUUGAGGAGGUGCACGCCGUGGUCACCGUCCGAGACGCCAAACACACCAACUUUGUGGAGUUCCGGAACUUUAAGAUCAUCUACCGACGCUACGCUGGCCUGUACUUCUGCAUCUGUGUGGACGUCAAUGACAACAACCUGGCCUAUCUGGAGGCCAUCCACAACUUCGUGGAGGUCUUGAACGAGUACUUCCACAAUGUCUGUGAGCUGGACCUGGUGUUCAACUUCUACAAGGUCUACACGGUCGUGGACGAGAUGUUCCUGGCCGGCGAGAUCCGCGAGACCAGCCAGACAAAGGUGCUGAAGCAGCUGCUGAUGCUGCAGUCCCUGGAGUGAGGCCGCCCGCCGCCACCUCGGACUCACCCGCUUGCAGCCCCCUCCCUCAGCCGCUCUGGAGGAAGGGACCCAGCUGGGUCUGGGCCACAAGGGAGGAGACUGUACCCCACUGCCUCUGGGCCCAGCUGUGGGCAGAGGCCACCUUCAGUGUCCCGAGUAACCUUGCUGUUGUCGUGUGACGCCAUGAGUGUGCGUGUGGAGCCCCCAAUAAACCCGUGGUCCUGCCUGGCCUCGCA